CCGGGGAGGAACAAAACCACUAAAACAAUUGACAGUCUGGGUUUUAUGUUUCCCCAAGUGUCUGCGAAAUGUCUACGAAGGCAGAGCAGUUUGCCUCUAAGAUACGAUACUUGCAAGAGUAUCACAACCGUGUGCAACACAAUAUUUACCCUGUGCCCUCCGGAACAGACAUUGCAAACACACUGAAAUACUUUUCUCAAACCCUGCUCAGCAUUCUGUCCCGCACAGGCAGGAAGGAGAACCAGGAAGCUUCCAAUUUGGCCGUGCCCAUGACCAUGUGUCUUUUUCCUGUGCCAUUCCCACUCACCCCAUCUCUAAGACCACAAGUCAGUUCCAUCAACCCUACAGUUACUCGCUCCCUCCUUUACAGCGUUCUGCGCGAAGCCCCGUCAGACCGCGGGGGGCAGGGGCAGCAGAGUCGGGACGCUCAGCUCUCAGAGUACCCCUCUCUGGACUAUCAGGGCCUCUAUGUGACCCUCGUGACCCUGCUUGACCUGGUGCCCCUGCUGCAGCACGGUCAGCAUGAUUUGGGACAGUCCAUAUUUUACACAACAACUUGCCUCCUGCCCUUUCUCAGUGAUGAUAUUCUCAGCACUUUGCCCUAUACUAUGAUCUCCACUUUAGCUACAUUUCCCCCUUUCCUCCACAAAGACAUCAUUGAGUACCUGAGCACCUCUUUCCUCCCCAUGGCUAUAUUGGGAUCCACUCGGAGGGAGGGGGGAGUCCCAGCCUAUGUCAAUCUGUCUGCCUCUUCUAUGCUCAUGAUUGCAAUGCAGUACACCUCAAAUCCAGUAUAUCACUGUCAGUUGUUGGAAUGUCUCAUGAAGCACAAACAGGAAGUGUGGAAGGACCUUCUUUAUGUCAUAUCCUAUGGACCAUCCCAAGUAAAGCCACCAGCUGUGCAGAUGUUGUUCCAUUACUGGCCCAAUCUGAAGCCACCAGGAGCCAUCAGUGAAUACAGAGGGCUGCAGUACACAGCCUGGAACCCAAUCCACUGUCAACACAUCGAGUGCCAUAAUGCCAUCAAUAAACCUGCUGUCAAGAUGUGUAUAGAUCCCACACUUUCUGUUGCCCUGGGAGACAAACCCCCGCCUCUUUAUAUAUGCGAAGAGUGCAGCCAACGGAUAGCAGGAGAUCAUGCUGAAUGGCUUGUUGAUGUACUCCUGCCCCAAGCUGAAAUAUCUGCAAUUUGUCAAAAGAAGAACUGUAGCUCUCACGUUAGGAGGGCUGUGGUCACCUGCUUCUCGGCUGGCUGCUGUGGGCGCCAUGGCAACCGGCCUGUCCGCUACUGCAAGCGUUGCCAUGUCAACCACCACAGCAGUGAGGUGGGGGCUGCGGCGGAGACCCAUCUGUACCAGACCUCGCCCCCUCCCAUCAACACCCGGGAGUGUGGAGCAGAGGAGCUAGUUUGCACUGUGGAAGCUGUCAUAAGCCUUCUCAAGGAGGCAGAAAUUCAUGCAGAACAGCGUGAGUUUGAGCUGAACAGGCGUCGUCAGAUGGGCCUGUCUGCCUCCCACCACUCUCUGGACAACAUCGAAUUUGACAACAAGGAGGAUGACCAGCACGACCAGCGUCUUCUCAGUCAGUUUGGCAUCUGGUUCCUGGUAAGCCUGUGUACCCCUAAUGAGAACACGCCCACAGAGAGUCUGGCACGGCUGGUCAGCAUGGUGUUCCAGUGGUUUCACUCCACCGCCUACAUGAUGGACGACGAGGUUGGAAGCUUGGUGGAGAAGCUGAAGCCUCAGUUUGUCACCAAAUGGCUAAAAACAGUGUGUGACGUGCGCUUUGACGUCAUGGUUAUGUGUCUGCUGCCUAAACCUGUGGAAUUUGCCAGGGUGGGAGGUUACUGGGACAAAUCAUGCAGCACAGUGACCCAGCUGAAGGAGGGCUUGAACCGGAUCCUGUGCCUGAUACCUUACAACGUCAUUAGUCAACCACUGUGGGAGUGCUUUAUGCCUGAGUGGCUAGAAGCCAUCCGCACCGAGGUGCCCGACCACCAGCUCAAAGAGUUCAGAGAAGUACUUAGCAAGAUGUUUGAUAUUGAGCUGUGCCCCCUUCCCUUCUCUAUGGAAGAAAUGUUUGGCUUCAUCAGCUGCAGAUUCUCUGGCUACCCAGCGUCUGUGCAAGAGCAGGCUCUGUUGUGGUUGCAUGUGCUGUCAGAGCUGGACAUUGUAGUGCCUCUUCAGCUGCUGAUUGGGAUGUUCUCAGAUGGCGUGAACUCUCUGAAGGAGCUGGCCAAUCAGAGGAAGGCACGUGUCUCUGAUUUAACUGGCAACACCGCGGCUCGCAGGGUGAGUGUGGUGUCAGAUCCAGGACGCCGCGGGCAGCACAACACCCUCAGUCCAUUUCCCAGCCCCUUCAGGAGCCCUUUCCGCAGCCCUUUGCGCUGCAGUCCAUUUAAAAACCUGGGUCACGCUGCCGGCCACUGCGCCCUGGACCUGGACUGUGAUGACGAUGACAUGAACCUCGGCUGCUUUAUCCUCAUGUUUGACCUCAUAUUAAAGCAGAUGGAGCUCCAGGAUGACGGUGUGAUGCUGGGUCUAGACAGUAGCCUGGGGAAGGAUAUCGUGGGCAUCAUCAACAACGUCUUCCAGGCCCCAUGGGGGGGCUCACACACCUGCCAGAAGGAUGAGAAGGCCCUGGAGUGCAGCCUGUGCCAAUCCAGCAUCCUGUGCUACCAGCUGGGCUGUGAGCUCCUGGAGAGGCUGACCCCCCGGGAAGAGAUACGCCUGGUGGAACCCACAGAUAGUUUGGAGGAAACUUUACUCUUCCCACAGACAGAUUUUUCCUUUGGGACAGAGAAUGGAAGUGAGGAAGGAGACAACCCCAGUGGCAUACACACUGACAACCCCAGCAACCACUCUCCUGAUAAUGCACCCAUGAAGAAUAACUCUGAUAAGAAGUUCUCCUACCAGCAGCUCCCAGUGUCUUUGAAGCUUAUAUACACCAUUCUGCAGGAAAUGUCCAAGUUUGAGGAGCCUGACAUCUUGUUCAACAUGCUCAACUGUCUGAAAAUCCUGUGUCUCCAUGGAGAGUGUUUAUACCUUGCCCGUAAGGAUCAUCCCCAGUUUCUGGCCUACGUCCAAGAGAAGAUGCUCAUCCCGAGUCUGUGGUCCAUGUUGAAGUCAGAGUUUUGCCAGCUGGCCUCCCUGGCUGUGCCUCAGCUACUCCACGCCCUCUCUCUGUCCCAUGGGGCGGACAUCUUCUGGAACCUCAUCAACACAAACUUCAACAGCAAGGACUGGAAAAUACGAUUCGAAGCAGUGGAGAAAGUGGCGGUGUUGUGUCGGUUCCUGGACAUCGGUGCGGUGACGAAGAACCACUUGCUAAAGUACUCCCUGGCUCACGCUUUCUGCUGCUUCCUGGCCUCCGUGGAGGACGUUAACCCAGCUGUCGCCACCCGCGCCAGACUCCUAUUGGACACCAUCAAGAGGCCGGCCCUGCAGGGCUUGUGUCUCUGCCUGGAUUUCCAGUUCGACACUGUUGUGAGAGAUAGGCCCAUCAUACUCAGCAAACUGUUGCUGCUGCACUUCCUGAAGAAAGAUGUUCCUGCACUUAGCUGGGAGUUCUUUGUCAACCGCUUUGAAACAUUAUCUCUGGAGGCUCAGCUGCACCUGGACUGCAACAAGGAGUUCCCUUUCCCUACUACCAUCACCGCUGUACGAACGAAUGUAGCCAAUCUCAGCGAUGCAGCAAUGUGGAAGAUACGACGGGCCCGAUUUGCCAGGAAUCGACAGAAGAGUGUGCGUUCCCUCCGUGACAGUGUGAAAGGAGGCCCGACAGAGUCUAAACGGGCAUUUUCACUCCCUGAGUCACUGAGCAACCGACUUCCUCUAAGGCUUACGAGGCAAGAGCACUCUGCCCCGACACUGGGAGAUAUGAUAGAGAAAACCCCGUCUCCCGAGGAUGACGCUGUCAUCAGAGACCUGCUUCCCGAGGAUGCUGGCAUAGAUCACCAGACUGUUCACCAGCUAAUCAUGGUGCUCAUGAAAUUCAUGGCCAAAGACAAGAGCAGUGCUGAGACAGACAUUGGCAGUGCUAAGGCUUUCAACACUGUGAAGCGUCACCUGUAUGUACUGCUGGGCUACGACCAACAAGAGGGUUGCUUCAUGAUCGCACCUCAGAAGAUGCGCACCUCUACCUGCUUCAAUGCAUUUAUCGCCGGCAUUUCACAAGUGAUGGACUACAAUAUUUGUUUGGGGAAGCAGCUACUCCCCCUGGUGGUCCAGGUGUUGAAAUACUGCACAUGUCCUCAGCUGAGACACUACUUCCAGCAGCCACCUCGAUGCUCUCUCUGGGCCCUGAAGCCGCACAUCAGACAGAUGUGGCUCAAAGCCCUGCUAGUUAUCCUCUAUAAGUACCCAUAUAGAGACAUGGAUGGCAGUAAAGUGGUCCUCCAUCUGAUCCACAUUACCAUCAACACCCUGAAUGCCCAGUAUCACAGCUGUCGUCCCCACGCCACAGCAGGUCCCCUCUAUAGUGACAAUUCCAACAUGAGCCGCUACAGCGAGAAAGAAAAAGAGGAAGACAGUGUAUUUGAUGAGUCAGACGUCCAUGACACACCGACUGCUGCUAACAAAGAGUCACAGACCUUCUUUGCCCGUCUGAAGAGAAUUGGUGGCAGCAAAUCUGUCAAAUACCAGCCAGUGGAGCUGAAUGCCAAGAAAAGUGAAAUUGAGCUGUCAGAGUACCGUGAAGCCAGCGCCCUUCAGGACAGCAUUCUGCACUGUGUGAGAGAGGAGAGCACCAGGAAGAAGCGGCUCCAGGCAAUGCACAAGCAGAAGUCUCUGGACAUUUCCAACACGGACUCCAUCCUCUUCAACCUGGAUGAACAUCGACGCAAGUCCUGCAUCGACCGUUGUGACACGCAGGUGCCCCCUGUGGUCCUGCCCCCAUCCUCCGCCACAUCCCAUGGCAGGCAUCGCGGCAAAGGAUCGUCUGAUGGCUCUUCAGUUCGGGUUGAGGGUUGUGAUCCUGUGGACCGGCGAGGGUCUCGAGGCGGCCAGUCUGACAUCUCCAAGCCUGUCAUCCCAGAGGUUCGCCUCAGCUGCAUGGAGACCUUUGACGACAAGCUAGACCAGGACUCUCUAGGGGGAUCAGUUCAGGGGAAGGAGGACCCAGACCUCAUUGACCUGUCCUCUGACUGCACCUCCAUUCCAGAGAAACACUCACUGCUCUCUAUGUCUGACAGCGACUCCUUGGUGUUUGAACCGUUACCUCCUCUGAGGAUUGUGGAGAGUGAUGAGGAAUUUGAUCUGAACACCAUCAUAGGUUCCAAGUUCAAUGGGAGUCCAAAGGUCUCAGCUUCCCCCGCAAGCAGUAACACUCUGCGACUGUCCCCUGUGGUCCAGGUAAGUGUGGAGGACUGUUCUAGUGACAAAAAGACUCCAGACUUCCCACAAUCAGUUUUGGAAAAAAGGCAGAACCGUGUGACUCCUUGCACAUCACUGGACCUCCCUGACCGAUCGGAAAACAUCUGUCAUGAAAGCCCCAUGACCCUGAAACAGAAGAGAGACCUGCUGAGGAAGACCCCACAUGUCCCCGACACCUCACUAGACGACACAUCUGUGACCUCUGAGGAGGUGAGGACCGGAAUGGGAGUAGGGACAAGUCCCUCGAGCAGGACUAUCUUUUUGGACAUCCCAGAAGACAAAGCGGAGCCUCCGUCCUCACCGGAAAAAAAGGAUGACGAUAUGGGUGAUGAUAGUGACCCCAAACCUGACGAUGGGGACGACAACGAUGAGGCAGAGUUUAAGAUCCAGAUUGUUCCUCGACAACGUAAGCAAAGGAAGAUAGCUGUCAGUGCCAUCCAGAGGGAAUACUUGGAUAUCUCAUUCAACACAUUCGAUAAGUUGGGUGGUGAGCAGGCUGCAGAAACUGAUCACAAAGUUCUGUCUACCUUGGAAAAGCCACGAGAAUCUGCCUCAGCCCCAACGCUUGAAGCUGCUAUGCCUGAAACAAGCCACCGCUCUUCAGUAUCAACUCAGUACCGUCAGGUGAAGCGAGGCUCUCUGGGAGCUUUGACUAUGAGCCAGUUAAUGAAGAGACAGCUCGAACAUCAAUCCAGUGCGCCACACAACAUCAGCAUCUGGGAGACGGGUCAGUCACUGCUCUUUCUUUUUUUUGAUUUUAAUAACUUUUUCUCUACAGCUCCUACAAAGACCAGUCUGCUUUCUGCACCAAGCACAGUUAGCAUGUUUGUUCCCGCACCUGAGGAGUUCAUUGACGAACAGCCUACCACAAUGUCCGACAGGUGUCGGGACUGUGCAGCUGUGCUGGAGGAAUAUGACGAGGAGACUCUCGGCCUUGCAGUAGUGGUUCUCUCUAUGUUCACCCACCUCAGCCCUGAUUUGGCCGCUCCGAUGCUUCUUGACAUCAUGCAGUCUGUGGGCAGGUUGGCAUCCAGUGCCAAUUUUUCUGGACAAGCUGAGAGUAUGUUGAUCCCGGGGAAUGUAGCAGGUGUGGCCAAGCAGUUCCUCCGCUGUAUGUUCCACCAGCUGGCCCCUAAUGGCAUCUUGCCCCAACUCUUCCAAAGUAACAUCAAAGAUGGAAGUUUUCUGAGGACUCUUGCAUCUUCGCUAAUAGAUUUCAAUGAACUGAGUUCUGUUGCUGCCCUCAACAUGCUGCUGGAGGGCCUGAACAACAAGAAGAGUCUGCCAGCAGGGGGCACUAUGCUGCACUGCCUAGACAAUAUUGCCACCUUCAUGGAGGCUCUCCCUAUGGACUCUCCUAGCAACCUGUGGACAACCAUCUGCAACCAGUUCCAGACCUUCCUUACAAAACUGCCCUCUGUGCUUCCUCUGAAGUGCCCAAUGGAUUCUAGUUUGAGGAUAAUAAUUUGUCUCCUGAAAAUCCCAACCACGAAUGCAACCCGGAGUCUCCUGGAGCCUUUCUCCAAGCUGCUGAGUUUUGUCAUCCAGUAUGGCAUGUUCAGUCUCUCCUAUCUAGUAGAACUAUGUGGACUCUGUUACAAAGCAUUCAACAAGGAGAGAGAUAAGUUCUACAUGUCCCGCAUUGUGGUGUUAGAGCUUCUGCAGGCUCUCAAGUUCAAGUCUCCUCUGCCUGACACAAACUUGUUACUGUUGGUCCAGUUCGUUUGUGCAGAUAUUGGUACACGGCUAGCAGAAUCUACCAUCAUCCAAAAGCACAUGAUCUCAACGCUGCCAGGGUGCACAACUGCAGCAAUGGAAUGCAUGAGACAGUACAUAAGUGAGCUGCUGGAUUUUAUAGCAGAUAUGCACACGCUAACCAAACUUAAAAGCCAUAUGAAGGCUUGCUGUCAGCCGCUGCAUGAGGACACUUUUGGGGGGAACCUUAAAGUGGGCUUGGCACAAGUCGCAGCCAUGGAGAUCAGCAAAGGCAAUCACCGUGAUAACAAAGCUGUGGUUCGUUAUCUUCCCUGGCUUUAUCAUCCUCCCUCCACCAUGCAACAAGGGCCCAAAGAAUUCAUCGAAUGUGUGUCCCACAUCCGUCAGCUGUCCUGGCUUCUUUUGGGCUCCCUGACGCACUGUGCGCUACACCAGGGUUCCACCUCCUGUAUGCCCAUCCCUCUAGAUGCUGGCUCCCACAUCGCUGAUCAUCUUAUUGUCAUUCUCAUUGGCUUCCCAGAACAGUCCAAGACGUCGGUGCUGCACAUGUGCUCUCUGUUCCACGCCUUCAUGUUUGCCCAGCUGUGGACCAUCUACUGCGAGCAGGCUGCUGCUGCUCCAUCAAUGCAGAACCAGAACCAGACAGAGUUCUCCUCCAGUGCCAUCCUCACCGGCCUGGAGUUCUGGAGUCGUGUUACACCCAGCAUCCUACAGCUCAUGGCCCACAAUAAAGUUAUGGUGGAGAUGGUGUGUCUUCAUGUCAUUAGUCUAAUGGAAGCCCUGCAGGAGUGCAACUCAACCAUCUUUGUCAAGCUAAUUCCCAUGUGGCUACCCAUGAUUCAGGCAAACCUUAAGCACCUGUCUGCUGGGCUACAGCUGCGUCUCCAAGCCAUCCAGAACCGGGUGAACCAUCAGUGUCUGCAGGGCCAGGCGCCCGGAGCUCCGCCAUUCGCUCUGCGCAAGUGGCUGCAGUGCACCCAGUUCAAGAUGGCUCAGGUGGAGAUCCAGUCAUCUGAGGCUGCCUCGCAGUUCUACCCUAUGUGACCUGC